CGUUCAGUAGAGCGUUGGACGCCGACGCGAUCGGUUCAUUGGUAGAUCUUGACCAAAAUACCGGGCACCGUAAUCCGGAAACAUGAGUGGCAGUGAAAAGAAUGUUCGGCGACGCGUCAUAACGCCGACCAGCGAUCCUACGAAUGUGGAUCCAUUGCUACGACCCCGCGGUUCCCAGCAAUAUGAGGCUCAGCCCAAUGGCUGUGAGCGAGCAUUUGUCCAGCGAAACAAGAUUAAGUGGUUCUGGGCACCAGCCUUCUUUGGAUUCUGGCUGCUGCUCUACGUGACCAUCUCGAUCCCCGCCUGCCAUCGCCUUCCCCGCCCACUGACCAUUCAGGAUGAGGAAACGCACCCCGACCAGUUCAUCGCCGAGCGUGCAGAGAAAAAUCUACGAGAGCUGGUGAGCCUGGGACCCCGAGUGGUGGGCAGUCGACAGAAUGAGAUGGCCGCUUUGAAGAUGCUCUCCCAGAAGAUGCAAAGAAUUCGAUCAGGCACUGCCAACGAUAUUGAAGUGGAUGUUCAGGUGGCUUCCGGUAGCUAUGUUCACUGGUCCAUGGUCAACAUGUACCAGAGCAUUCAGAAUAUUGUGGUUAAGAUCAGCCCCAAAAACACGAACAGCACUACUUAUCUUCUGGUAAAUAGCCAUUACGAUUCGGUGCCGGCGGGACCUGGUGCUGGCGAUGACGGUUCCAUGGUGGCCACUAUGAUGGAGGUACUCCGUGUGCUGGCUAAGUCCGAUAAGCCACUAAAAAACCCUGUGGUAUUCCUGUUCAACGGAGCCGAGGAAAAUCCCCUCCAAGCCUCGCAUGCCUUCAUCACCCAGCACAAGUGGGCCAAAUAUUGCAAAGCCCUUAUCAAUCUCGAUUCCUGCGGAAAUGGCGGUCGAGAGAUCCUCUUCCAAUCGGGACCCAAUCAUCCCUGGCUAAUGAAGAACUACCGACGUGCCAUCAAACACCCGUAUGCUUCUACUAUGGGCGAGGAGCUGUUCCAGCACAAUUUCAUUCCCUCUGACACGGACUUCCGCAUUUUCCGUGACCACGGAUCGGUUCCCGGCUUGGAUAUGGCCUACACCUACAACGGAUUUGUCUACCACACGCGACACGACAAGGCAGAGAUCUUUCCCAGGGGUAGUUUCCAGCAUACUGGUGAUAAUCUGUUGGCUUUGGUCCGACAGAUUGCCAACUCUCCGGAGAUUGAGAAUUCAGCGAAAUACGCCAAAGGUCACACCAUCUAUUUCGAUGUUAUGGGUUGGUUCCUGGUUUUCUACACCGAAACCGAAGGCGUUAUCUUGAACGUCAUCGUCUCCUUAAUAUCCAUCGGUAUUUGUGGUUACGCCAUUAAGCUGAUUUCGGUCAAUUCGGGCAUAAAGCUCGAAAAGAUCCUCAAGAAGGUGGGACACACUCUCCUCGUACAGAUUCUAUCUGUUGUUGUGGGAGCCAUCCUGCCAGUUCUGCUCGGUCUGUUCAUGGAUGCGGUGCACUUGCCUCUGUCCUGGUUUUCGAACUCCUGGCUCAUCCUAGGUCUGUACUUCACCACAUUCUUCUUCGGUUUGGCCAUAGUGCCCGCCAUGUAUUUCCACUGGACCAAGCAAGAUAAGCUUCCCAUUGGUCAGCGGGUUCAGCUUUUGCUGCACUGCCACUGCAUCCUCUUAUCCGUUCUUACCCUGAUCUUUACCAUCUGCGGAAUUCGCUCUGUUUUUGUCCUGAUGCUCAGUUGUUUGUUCUAUACAGUGGGCUUGAUCAUUAAUAUUGCCACCAAACUGCACACCAAGGAUGUCGCAUGGGUUAUUCCGCACAUUGUUUGCACUGUGCCACCAUUUGUAUUCUUUGCAUAUUUCUCGCACGGAUUCUUCACCACGUUCAUUCCCAUGUUCGGUCGUUUUGGAGAGAACCUUAAUCCGGAUUUGGCGGUGGCUGUUUUCAGUGUUGCUGUGGGCUUCCUGUGCUGCGGUUUCAUUAUCCCUGUUCUGCAGUUGUUCAACAAAUCGAAGACCAUCAUCUGCGGCCUGAUGGGCAUCACGUUAUUGUGCUUCAUUAUUGCAAUGACACCAAUUGGAUUCCCCUAUCGCCCAGAAACGAAUGUGCAGCGUUUCGCUGUCCUGCACACCAAGCGUACCUUCCACGACGCCGAAAACAAAGUGCGCCGUCAGGAAUCUGGUUACUUCAUUAUGCCCCAGGACAGACGCACUUACACCGUGAAAAAUGCUGUUAUCAACAUGACACUGGCCCAAAGGAUUGGAUCCGAUUGCGAUAAGGAAAUUAAUUGCGGAUUGCCCCUAUACAAUCAGCGUUGGCAUAAGACCAGAAAGAACAGCUUAUGGAUACCCGCAUCGGAACCUGUUCUUGGGGAGAAUGUGCCGACCGUUUUAUUGCUGUCCAAGAACACAGUGUCGCCCACCAGAAUUCGCUAUGAAAUGCAGCUAAGUGGACCCAAUCACAUGGCGCUCUUUAUUCAGCCCUUGAAUGGAGCAAAGAUGAUGGACUGGUCCUUCCAUCAGGCGCCAUUACGUCUGAGCUUUGAGCCACCUUACUUCAUCUACUUUUCGUGGGGUGUCAAUGGAGAUCCACUUAAGUUCUGGCUAGAACUGGAGAAACCAAACGGAAAUUGGAACUCUACUACUCUGGAACUCGGUCUCGGAGGCCACUGGACCCAUCACAAGGAACUAAUAACGCCUGACUUUAAAAAAUUCCUCGACAGUUUCCCCCAUUAUGUGGAUGCCACACCCUGGCCAGCUUCGUUUGAGAGCCGGAUCUUCUAAAGAAGCUAUAUAAUGUAUACAUUUUUGUACCUUAGUAAAAUAAAUAUCAUAAGAACUUUGUUCUUGAGAUAUGAAA